GUUACAUCUGACAGAACUGUCGGCAUGGAAACGGUACAUGCGUCAUCCCGCCCUCUCUGUAACGGACGGCUGUGCUACUGGGUGAGGGAUGAGAAGCGGGAAGGUGACGUCACGUGGCUUCAUCCAAUCACAGGCGCGGAGCCCUGGCUGUCCGUUUGGGCGUGGUCGCUGGAGAAAUUGCAUUAUAUUCGUUAGAGAGAUCUCGUAUGAAAUGGAAUCGAAUGCACCAAAAUACCAAAACAAACAGACUUUAGCAAACCGUGACACGUCAAUACUAAUGCAGACAGAGAAUAACUUACAGAACUUGAAAGGUCAUCAUUCCAGUGACAGCGGGAGCGAGCACUCCAUCAGCAGAGCUCCCUUAGGUCUGACUCUAGAAGAUCUCGAGCAGCCUAGUUACUGUGAGCCCCGGGAGAGUGUACCUAAACAGAGGAACAUGUCUCUAAAUGGAGGAUAUUCCCUGAGGAGAGCUCAAGAUAAGGCUGGGUCACUCAGAAACAAUGAACAAGAGAAGUUGGUAGAGAAACUUAGUUCUCUUCGGGAGCAAAAUGCUUCUUUGAUCUCACAAAACCACUCUCUUCUGAAGAAAAUGGAAUCUGUGCAAGAGGAACUUGCAAAAUCCAAAUCAAAGGUCCGUUUUUACGAGUCUACCUUUGGACCUGGAACGUCUAGAAUCCCUGGACUUCAGGAACAGAUUGGAAGCUUGAAAGCAGAAUCCGGAGCUCAGGAGAAGGCACUAAGGAUUGCUGAAGACAAGCUACUGGAAAAUCGCUGUAUAAUGGCUGAGAAAGAACAAAAGUUCAGAAAUGAAUUGAAAAGAAUGAAAAUAGAGCUGUAUGAAUGUAAUAAGCUAUGUAAAAGAGCUGAAAGACAGAGGAAUGAAGCACUGCUUAAUGCUGAGGGGCUGACUCAGGCGUUCCAACAAUACAAAAACAAUAUUGCUGAUAAAUUAGAAAGGAUUCAAGCAGAAGGAGAGUUACGUAACAAGAACUUCCAAAACUGUGAAAAAGAACGUGUGGAAUCACAGGAAAAAUGUACAAAGUUGGAAAAUGAACUUGAAAAUGUGAAAGAGCAUUUAAGAAACUUGAUGUCGGAAAAGACAGAUGAACGAGAGAAGCAGAAAUGUAACGAGAUGAAAACUGCAGAGCUAAUCUCACUCCUCGCUCAGUCUAGCCAGAGAGUUCUUAGACUUGAGAGUGAACUUGAAAAUAAAGAGAGAGUGCUUGAAGAAAACAUUAAUCUUCUACAUGAGACUAAAGAGUUAAAAAAGCAUCUUGCUGAAAUUGAAGACAUCAACGAAAUAAAACAUUGUGAGUCUGAGUCCGGUGAUAUUUGGCCAAUAUCAAAGUUACAGUAUGACCAGGUGACUUUUGCAUGUAAAAAAGAUGAUGUGUUGAAAGAUGUAGAUAAUUCUGAUCUGGAUAACAGCAGGUCCAUUGUGGAACUAAGGACACAACUGAAAAUGAAAGAAGCAGAAAAUAGAGAGCUUCAGGCUAAGCUUUUGGGCGCAUAUAACAGUGAUACACUUGAUGCAGAACCAGUAAAGUUAAGCACCCAGCAAAUAGAAGAGGAAAAAUACCUGCAUCUAGAGACUGUAGGCAAACAGUUAGAGGCAGAGAAUGAGAGGCUGACUGAUGCCGUGAAAGAACUACAGAGGAAACUUGGUAAAGCUCAAGCUGAAACAACCAAAACAAAAUUUUCUAUGGCCCAAAGAACCAGUCAGUUUCAGCUCAUCCAGGAGGAGCUGCUGGUGAAAGCUUCCAAAACCACCAAGCUAGAACAGGACAUGACAAAGAAAUCUUUAAAGAUCGCCACACUCCAUAGACUUCUGGAAGAGAAAACUCAGGCCUACUCCUCCACUGCAGCACGGAAUGCAGAGCUAGAAGAGGAACUCAGGGAUGUGAAAGCUCAGAUACACCACUUAGAGGAAAACAUUAGCAAAGAACAUAAAGAGGUUCAUUUGGCGUUUGAAAAAUGUAAAACCAUCCACCUAGCUCAACACAAUGAACUCUUGAAACAGAUUGAGCAUCUAAAGUGUCAGUUGGAUUUAAAAAACCUUCAAGUAUCUGAACAUGAGUUUACCAUAAAGACCCUGCAAGAAGACAUUGUAUCAAAACAACAACAGCUUCAAUCUCUGGAUAACUUGGUGAUAGAAACAAGAAAGGAAAUGGACCUUCAAACAAAAAGCACAGCAGAUGCAAUGAACGCCCUUGAAAACCAGCUGGAGGAUGAAGCUGUAAAGGUAAGACAGCUUGAGUCAGCACUUGUAGUAUGCAAAGAAGAACUGGGAUUGUAUCUACAAAAGCUAGAAGACAACAGGGAAUGCUUCGAAAAUCAGGUCAAGAAAAAAGCAGAAGAGGUUCAGCUUUUGCAAAAGGAAAUCAAAUUAAAGACUCAAAGCCUUCAGGACACCACUGAAGAAAAUCUGCUUUUGCAGCAAACCCUUCAUCAGCAGCAGCAGAUGUUACAGCAGGGAAAUGCCCGUAUUGGGGAACUAGAAGAUACCCAGACAGAGUUACAGCAACAGGUGUCUAAAUUGGAAUUUGAACUUGAGAAACACAGGUCAACUUCUCUAUUAGAGAUGAGAGCCACAGAGGGGAAACUUCAGGCAGCCAAUCAAGAGCUAGCUUGCAAAACUCAUCAAGUUCAUGAGUUAAGCAACACUCUCAAUCAGGUGAAACAUGAAUUUCACCUUUGCACAGAAAGGUUGAGCCAAGCAGAAGGACAGCUGGUGUCUGUCUCUGUAGAUGGGGAAUCAAGGAGAAAUAAACUGAGCCAGUUGGAAGUUACUUUGCAGAAAACACAAGUGGAACUGCAUGACAAAGCUCAGCUCGUGGCUGUAUUACAAGAGCGAAUUCUCAGUGCUGAGAACAAUCUCAAGCAGAAAGGAGAAAUGGAACUGGAGCUGCAGCAGCUAAGGAAGGAAUUGCAGGACAAUGUGAAACAUGUUGAAGAAUUGCAAGAGACACUCACAAAGACCCAUAUGUCCGUAGAAGAGAAACAAGUGAUGGUACAGGCCCUUACAGAGGAACUACGAACAUGCAAGAGAGAGCUGGAGGAGAGAGACCUUGAGCUGCUUGAUAUGGACCAGGCCCUAAAGGACAGGAACUGGGAGCUCAAACAAAGAGCAGCACAGCUGACACAGUUGGACAUGAGUAUUCGGGAACGUAAGGGAGAAAUGGAGCAGAAAAUUAUUCAGCUGGAAAGCACCUUACAGAAAUCAGAGUUGGAAGCAGAUGGUCGUAUUAAACAGAUUUCAUCCCUUGAUGAAAAACUACAAGAAACAAGAGAUCAGCUUCGUGAAAAAGAUUUUGGAUUACUUCAAAAAGAUCAAUAUAUAAAUCAAUUGCAAAAAGAGAUGGAGAAAAAACAGUUAGUAAUAACUGAAAUGGAUCAGACUAUGAAAGAGCAACAAAGGUACAUCUCCGAACAGAAGCAAGAGGGUAAGGAUCUAAGCCAGCAAGUACGACUGGCACGCGAGGGCAUGCAGCGCACUCACCUCGAACUCGUGGAGACACAACAACAGCUGGCUGGGGCUCAGAAAGAAUCAGACAGACUUACACAUAAGCUGGAGGAAAUGGAUCGCCUUUCCAGAGAAAAGCUGCAGCGUUUGGAACAAGACUUAGAUGAAGCACAAGAUACAAUUUGUCAUUUAAAAACACAGCUUGAAGCCAGAAAUGAGGUGAUCAAAGCAACCAACGAAGUUUUGAUCCUGAAGGAAUCAGAGUUGACCAGGUUGAAAGCACGUAUUUCAGGUUACGAAAGAUCACUGGUUCUCAAACAGCAAUCCAACACAAGCUCAUUGUCUCCUGAAUUAUUUAGUGACUGUCGUGAACCAGAAUCAUACAAACUUCCUGAGGCCUCAGGCUUGAACUGGAAGAUGCACAGCUCUAUAAGUGACAUAAGCCUUAAUGACUAUGAUUCCAUAGAUUUCCCAGAACAUAUGAUGGAGGACAUAAAGAAGUUGGUACUGCCGGAUUCCUCACUAGCACGGAGUACCAGUGACAAGGUUGUCCAUGUUCCAUCAGACAAUUUGAAUGACACGUCGUUCAACCCCCUAGAGUAUGUAGUUGAUGACUGUGACAGGACAUCAGACUGCCCUGAUCUAGGAACUCUCAGUGGUAUGCUUAAAUAUAUUAAGCAAGAGAUGAAGUUAUCAGAAGUCGCACAUUCCCAUGGCAACAAUAUGCGGAUUGAAGAUGGACAGAAAGAACAGCAGGACUAGGUGUCACAACCUGUGGACCUCGCAGACAAACCUCCACCUGUAUAUGUGUUGUUAUAUUUGUAUGUUCAUAUUUAUUUGUGCAAAAGUUUAUACUUGUGGAUUUUUGUAUAUUUUUUUAUGCUUUUUUUUGUUUUUUUUCUUUUAAUGAGAAUCUUGUUUACAUGAAAUAAAGACGUUUAAUAAUUGUA